CGAACAUUAAAUGAACAUCUGCUUCAGUAGAUUUCAAGUAGUUCAUCCAUUUCAGAUCAAUAAAUGGGUAAUGAUGGGUAUGACAUAACAGCAUAAUCAUAUCAACUGUAGGAUUUCAGACAGGAAAAACAAGAGUUUAUCUGGAUCCAUGUAAAACGCUAAUUACCUCAAUGAUCUCUGUGGCAGUUACAAGUAAAAGCCCACUUUUAGGACACAAAGUAACAAUGCAUGCAGACCAAAUGCCCAGAAGGCUUUGAUACAGGCAGAGCAAAGGGGAGUGGUCAUACCGUUAAACCCAGAUGAAUGUUUGAUUAAUAGAGAUUUGCAUGUUGAUAAUGGAAGGUUGGCCCAACCUUAUGAGUUUACAGUAGGAGGAGGGGAAAACGGAGAAAGAGAGAGAGGAGGAUAUAAAAGGAUCAGAUCAGGCAACAGGUGCGUAUAUUACAGGUGAUGCACAGCUCCACCCUCACUUCCAACAUCUUGUUCAGCAGUCAUAGGCUUAUCCACCUUUCUGUUGUGACAGAUUAAUUCGACUGGAACUACAUUGAGAUGUUGGCCCUUGAAACCAUUCAAUACUUCCAAGAGCUGGGCCCUAGAGAGCCAUUGUCAGGGAACCUGGACCUUGACAUGAUUGAGGAAUACCUGCAGGAGCACUCGGUGGAGGUGAUGUCAGCACCAUGUGUUCAGAGGAGAGGUCAAGAGGAGCACAGUAUGGCAGAGAACAGCUGGUCAGGACGUGCAUAUGAAUGGCAUUAUAGUGGAGUACUAGGAACAGAUGAGACUCAUGAACAGCCUCAGCAGCAGCAGCAGCAGCAGCAGACGUGGCUCUGUCAGUUCAGUCACAAUGAGUGGGGGCACUGCCAGUAUGACAGAAACCAAUGCAGUGAUUCAGAUUCGCUGUCCACCAGCUCUGGAUGCCAAGAAUUUCCACCAUCUCCGACCUCUGACAGGAAGGGACCGAUUGUGUAUGACUCUAUGGCACUAGCGCCACUCUCAGGUAAAAGGAAAGAGCGACUGUUUCAGUUCUUAUAUGAGAUGCUACAGACACCAGACAUGCGGAGCUGCAUCUGGUGGGUUCAGUCGAACAACGGCACGUUCCAGUUCUCCUCCCAGAACAAGGAAAAGCUGGCAGAGAUGUGGGGCAGACGCAAGGGCAACCGGAAAACCAUGACGUACCAGAAAAUGGCUCGUGCCCUGCGAAACUAUUCGCGAACAGGAGAGAUCUGCAAAGUGAAGCGUAAACUUACCUAUCAGUUCACUGAGAGAACACUGAGAGGCCUUCAGAACAAUUCGCAAAGAUUCAUGGGUAGUUAAUGUGGUCCAUUUCACCGAGACUUUCUCCUAGCUGGGAAAGUGUAAAUAAAUACUGAGUAUUUUACAGAGGAUGGUUUUGCCUUUUUAAUGUUCAUAAUGUAAUGUGGACUUAAAACACUGAUUUUUUUCUAAUAUUAUUUGGCUUAAUUGAGGCUCAAUUUUUAUGUAUGCUAACAAGGAAUAACAUGGAAUUCUAUGAAGUUGAAGGUGAUCUUUGAAAUAUGUAAAUCUGAGGAUUGUUAACCAUUACACUACGUUAUAUGUAGUUAUGAAUCCAUUUUUUUUUUUUUUUUUGAUAAAAUAUUUGCCAAUUUUUGUACUACUUUCAAUUACUUUUUAAUGCCAUUAAAUGUUGACACCUGAUGUGCCUGAAUAAAUUAAUCUUAACAUGCAA